GAAAAUGUCAAUAACUUCAAAACGACCCGGGGAAAAUUCCAAAAUAGAUUCGCCUAUGGCAAAAUAUACUACAAAAGGCGAAGUGAUGUGCACUUUAUGUGGAAAGAUAAUCAAACCAGCUUCUCAAAAGUUAUGGAAUGCUCAUGUAGUAUCUGUGAAACACAAAGAAAUGGUCGCUCUUUUAAGACAAAGUGUCAAUUCCAAGACUUCACAACCUUCCACAGAUGUUCAACAGACAGUUGAAGAUGAAAAUUUAGUUGAUGCACAACCAACUUAUACGUUGCCAGCAGCUCCUGCUAGAGGCAUCCUGAAAAACAAACGGAGACCUUCAGAACAGCCUAUUGUGUUUACCCCAAUUUCUAAUGAAAACAGUAAAGAUGGAACCGAUACGACUGUUAGGCCGAACGAAUGUUCGGCUAUUGUAUCGCCAGUUCCAGCAAAACAGGCGAAGUUAGUCCCUGCUCAGUUAAAUGGCAAUGUCGUAAUGAGUAAUCAGAUAACUAUUGUGAAAGAUAUCAAAAGUGUAGUCAGUGAUGUUUCGUUGAUGGAGGAGGGCGAUGGUGAUAACACGGAACGGGUUGGGGGUGAUGUGGCUGUUGCGAACUCGGAAUUGCCGGCCGGUUUCUUUGAUGACCCGAAAUUAGAUGCGAAGGCGAGGAAUGUGGAGUUUGUGGAUCCCAUGGAGAAAGAACUAGCGGAGUUCCAGAAAGCUAUCCAGCAGGAAGAGCUUGCCUCUGAGCAGAUGCAAGUGGAGGAGGCGACACUGACUCUGCACGAGAGAGAAAUAGAGCAGAUCGAGGGUCAGAUGAGGUACUUUGCCAGUGCGGCCACGCUGUUUGAACAGAAACGACUGCAGGAGCGAGGAGCAGCUGCAGGAACACAUGCAGACGCCUCAGCUACAAAUGACAUAUCAGACGUCACAGACACUUCGGCAAUGGACACGAAGGAAGUGAUAGCACACUUUCUCAAACUAGAAAACGAGGCCAAAGCAGAAGAGAAGCCUGACCAAACAAAGACGUUGCAAGAUAACGUCAUUGUGAAGCUACACGGUGCUAUGAAAGACAACUCGGAGUCUAGAGAUAAUAUAUACGCUCUGAAUUUUGUGAAGGAUGAGCCCUCGGGAUCGGAAAGCGAGGAUGAUGGAGAUGAUGUAACAGAUUUGUCCGGUUUUGACAUGAGUAAUUGGCGCAAAAAAUCUAUUUUGAAAUAGGCCUCAAUUCAAAAUACACAGUAGUAGGCGAAAAUAGCGCAGCGUUCGUCGGUAUUAAUAGAUAUUUAAAUAAAUAAGAUCAACAAUUUACUGUGAUCUCUAGGAGCAACAGGCGUUGAAUGAUCAUUUGAUAUUACCGAGUCUUUUCAGACCAUUUUUUGUUAGAUUUUGAAGAAAAUGGAUGAAAUAUGAUAAUAGCUUGUUGCGUGAAAAGUCCUUGGCCUUGGCUGCAAUGCACGAUUUCCUUCAUUUAGUAUUUAUGUUUGAAAUAUC